AUGUCGCGAUUCGUACAAGUGCUUGUUCUGGUGGCCUUCGUUGCGGGUGCGUUGGGACAGGAUACGUCCAACGACGCCAGCACGGUAUCUCCUCAAGACAUCUACGAUCUUUCCGAGGACGACUUCAAGCUGUGGCUCUCCGGACGGCAACCGAAGGCUUGGGAGGGAGGCGCUUCAAACACCAGCCCGUCGGCAACCACGACCACACCGCGCCCGACAACGCCCGCGUCCGUUUUCCGCACAACCACACCGGCCACGACGCCAAGUACGCCCAGCUUCCUGACCACCAGCACAACCAUUAGACCAACCGCACCCUUCUCGGAUGGCAAGUCUUGGUUCGAGGAGGAAGACACGGCCACUGCUGGACCCGCAGUGCUCGGCGAGCAGUUCAAACCAGCCGGUGAAAACUUUGAGCAAUGGCUCGAGCGUCAGAUGAACCGCGUGCAGGAGGUGACGUUCGUUCCGCAGACGACCUUGACGGGAGAUCAGCUGGCGGGAGCGGGACUCGUCACCCGUCUGACAACAAUUCGUAACCGGAUUCCCGCGACUACCUUCCGCUCGGUACCAGUGACAGAUUUCGCUCCAGUUACCACCCCAACACCACCGAUACCUGCUCCCGCUUAUCUACCGGCAGCGCCCCAAGGUUCCAUCGCUUCCACUGCCUCCUCAGGACCGCUCGAUCUUCAGCAAUGGUUGCGCGAUCAGCUACAAACGUCUCAGCGUCUGACCGACAAUCUACUUGCCCAAUGGGGAGCUAGUGGCGCUAUCGUCCGUGCGGAUGGUCACCAUUACACGCCGAAUGCCGUGUCCUACCAAACGUCCGCCCUGAUUCACGGACUUCAGGGUGUGUCCCACAGUGGUCAUGUUCGGAACGAACCCGUUCCUGUUACCGUCCAGCGUCGCCCAACACCCAACGUCCCGCGGCGCGUCUUCUACCCGGCCGGUAGCUUCUUUUACUCCCAUCCACAAGUGCCACAGUACGGGUCGUUCGUGGGCCACCAAACACCACUCGUCAUCAAGUACCACUAA